UUCCCCCCACAGAUCUUCGCCAAAGUUUAGUAACUGGCUGUACAGUUUUGGCAACAUUUAUACUUUCCCCUAUUAUGUGGAGUAUGUGGGUACAUAUCGGAUCUGGAAAUGCCAAUUUUUUCUUUGCCAUUGUUUGGGUAUUUGCUAUUGCACAAAUUUUUAUUGCUGCUGAUUUAAUAAGCUCAUUUUUGCGUGCUGAAAUUGUUGAGGAUAAUGGAGGGGAAGAAGAGAUUGAAAAAAGAUUUGAAGGAAUUAAACUUUUAAAUAUUUGUCCAUUUACUAUAUCUUUAUAAAUAUUAGAAAAUUUUCUUUUAAAAAUCAGAAA